AUGAUCCAAACAACUUUGCUUUUGAUUGUCAUCUUCAUCGUGACGCAAGUACAUGCGCAGCUUGUGCCGCCGGCGAGACUCGAUGGUUUCGUUUACCCACCGGGUCGCCGCGUUGACCCGGAUACUAUACUAAUCGAGGCGUUCUUUGACCCGGUUUGCCCGGAUAGUAGAGACGCGUGGCCGCCUCUGAAGCAAGCUCUUCAACGCUAUGGAUCUCGCGUUGCCCUUCUACUUCACCUCCUCCCUUUACCGUACCAUGACAAUGCAUAUGUAAGCUCUCGAGCUUUACACAUUGUGAAUGCUCUAAACGCUAAUGCUACCUUUAGUUUACUGGAAGGCUUCUUUGAGCAUCAGGCAUUGUUCUCUAACGCUCAAACACAACUCCUGUCAAGACUUGAAGUUGUGGAGAAAAUUGUCAAGCUUGGAACAGCCACAUUGGGAAACUCAUAUCAACAUGUUCUCAAAUCCGGCUUCAACAACACAAUAUCAGACCGUGCAACCAAAGUUUCCUUCAAGUAUAGCGCUUCAAGAGGGGUUUAUGGAACACCAACCUUCUACGUUAACGGGUUCGUAUUACCCAACGCUGGUUCUCCCUUAGAUUUUGGAGGAUGGAAAAAAGUUCUUGAUCCUCUGAUGGAGAAGUAUGACCGUGUGGUGAAGAAGAAAGAUGAGACUCCGAUUGAUGCUAACGAGAUUCGUAUCACUAGUAUGGGCAGAGCACGUAACUACAUCACUUAUGCCAUGACUCUUCUUCAGGAGAAAGGGUCUACUGAAGUUGUGUUCAAGGCAAUGGGAAGAGCUAUCAACAAGACUGUCAACAUUGUAGAGCUUGUUAAGAGAAGGGUCCCUGAUCUUCAUCAGAACACAUCUAUUGGAUCCACCGACAUCACAGACACAUGGGAGCCUAAAGAGGAAGGCCUUCUACCUAUUGAGACCACAAGGCAUGUAUCCAUGAUAACCAUUACCCUAUCCACGAAAGAGCUUAACACAUCCUCCAUUGGGUACCAGUGCCCGAUUCCUAUUGAGUUGGUGAAGCCAUUAGGCGACAUCGACUAUGAAGGAGGAGAGGGUUCACCUGGUGGCAGAGGGAGGGGAAGAGGAAGGGGACGAGGGAGAGGAAGAGGUGGCAGAGGGAAUGCAUAUGUGAACGUGGAGUAUGAAGAAGGCGGCUAUGAACGUAACCAGUCGUAUGGUAGAGGAAGAGGGCGUGGCAGAGGACGCAGCAGUCGUGGUGGUCGAGGAAGAGGAGGAUACAAUGGUCCUCAGAAUGAGUAUGAUGCACCACAAGAUGGUGGUUACGGUUAUGAUGCUCCUCAUGAACACCGUGGAUAUGAUGACCGUGGUGGUUACGAUGCUCCUCAGCGGCGUGGUGGUUACGGUGGUCAUCAGGGACGUGGUGGUUACGAUGGUCAUCAGGGACGUGGUGGUUACGAUGGUCAUCAGGGACGUGGUGGCUAUGAUGGUUAUCAGGGACGUGGUGGUGGUGGCUAUGAUGGUCCUCAGGGCCGUGGUGGUGGUUACGAUACAGGCCGUGGGCGUGGUCGUGGAAGGGGAGGUGGUCGUGGAAGAGUAGGAGGAGGGGGCCGUGGUGGUGGAUUUAACAACAGAUCAGAUGGACCACCAGUCCAGGCAGUUGCUUGAGAAUGGAGAGUGAGGUUUCUAUGUUACUCAAACAUAAAAAAGAUUUAAAAAAAAAAAGCCAAGUGGUUUGAUGUUUUGUUCUAUCGCCUUGCUCUCUCUCUCUCCCUCUAUGUUUGAUUCUAUCCAUCGAGAAGACAUGUUAUUGCAUCUCUUUUUAUCCAUUGAUUCACAGUUUUUCUUUUAGUUUGCGACUGUUUUCUUUUAGAGUUGCUUUAGAUUUAUAUGUUCAAUUUAUUUAUGAUCUUAGUAUUUUUGUUAGAGAUUUUAAAUUAUCAUCCCUUGUGUUUAUUUUGUUUUGUAGUCUUGUUUAGUUGAGAGAGUAAGAGUAUUAAUAAUUUUUGCUCAAUUUGCUCAAUGGUUUUAGUUUUGAUGGAACAGAGGAUUCUUUUUUUUUGUUCCUAAGCACUUGUUCUGUCUAUUUGAACUAUUUUACGAAAAACAUUCCAC